GAGUUAAAAGGAUAACGCCGCUGUAGAAAAGCCAGCAGUGUGCAGGAGCUGCAUUCUACACUAGUAAUGACCGUGACAUGAAUUUAGUGGUGUAUCCGACUUCUAUAGGGUUCCUAUUCAGUGAUUCAGUGAUUUGAUACAGGUGUAUGAUCCGCAUGGCUGUCGUACAGGAAGGACAAAAGGAAAUGCACCUCUGGUUUAUCCUUUAUGAUUGCAACUUGAAGUAGAGCGUCAUAACAUUUUGUCAAAGCGCUUGGAAUUUUUUUAUUGUGGAGAUUUUCAACAUCCAUUACCUGCGGUGAAAUAAAACAUGUUCUUUUUUGUUCAUCUCUUGAAUGAAGUUUUGGGGAACUGUUGUUGAAAAGUCACACCUCUGUACAUCUGGAUGACAAUGGGCAGGAAGUGCAUUGGAUUGUACAGAGAACUGUGAGGUCAUUUAAUGCUGGUAAUAUGCCACCAGUGGACUUGCAAUAGACACAGUGAAGUUGAGUUUUAAAAUCAAGGAAGAGCAUUUCUGGAACUUGUAUUUACAUGUAUACUUGGAUUUAAAGAAGACAAGAUGUUGGCUGUACACCAUCCAGUUCAGGCCACUCAAGUUGAGAGCAGGCUUCCAGCCACCAGACACAGAAGAUCACUUCUGCAAGCUCCCAAGACCAUCUCCAACUCCAUCAAAUCACCAGACCUCAAAUCCAUCAACGUUGUCCCAUCAGUGUCUCCUUCAGGAAUCCCUCAGAAGACCAGUGUGUUACACAGUAAGCAUCUUCUGAUUGGUCAACGCGUCUGGACAGCUGACGGACGCAUCGGGACGCUAGAGUUCAAGGGAAAGACUCAUUUCUCGCAGGGCUGCCUCUGCGGCAUUAGACUUGACGAUCCCCUUGGGAAGAAUGACGGGAGUGUAGAUGGGAUUCAGUACUUUGAAUGCAGCCCAAACCAUGGGAUUUUUAUCCAUGCGUUCAAAGUGCAGGCUGUGAACUCGGCCAGCGAGGGGAAACCAUUAGAACUGGCGCCUAAUUCAAGUGGGAAGAUUGCUUUGUUACAGCAAGGAUCCGGGAAGGAGACUAAACCUGCUAGUAAGAUACCAGCUCUAGGACUCAGUGGAAAGAUUGCCAGACCUAAAUCGUUAGCAGUGAAUGAUGACAAACCACAGCCUGUAGGCAGAAGAGGGCUUGCCAAACGUUCUGAAAUCUCCAGAAUUGAAUGUUUUUCUGCAGAGAAGGCAUCAAACGGCAGCAAGCUGUUUCAAAAAAAGAGAAUCAGUCCUGCGGACUCUGGGAUCACUGUCCCAGGCUGGACUCAUGACAGGACUCUACAGAGUAGACUUCCCUCAAUCCAUUCCAAAUCCCCCUCAACAACAUCCCAUGAUGCUACCUUUACAGUAGCACAUGACCAAAGUCAACCUCAGAGAAAUCAAUCCAGCCACAGAAGUCCCCCUUCAAGAAGUCCCCCUUCAAGGAAGAAGACUCCUGAGCAGUCGAGUCCGAGAACCCGGAAAUCGUCCUCUGGAAGCCUGCAAAGGGGACUGGCGUCACAGCCCAGUCUAAAUGAUUUGACACAGCUGUUGGAAGACGAUAGUUCAAAGCUGAAAAAGGACGGUACGAGACAGAAAACUAGCCUUAAUGAAACAUUUAAAGUUGGGAAAAGUCCUCGUGGAUUUCCGUCCUUAAAAACAGAGAAAAAACACACUAAAGAAUCCACUUGCUAUACCCCAACAGCCACAGAUCUGAACUCCACUUCACCUUUAUCAUGGGAUGCACAUGAUAAGGUCACAUCCACACCUCUAUCAUCCACAGAGAAUACGUACUACUGGGAAUCGGAUGGAAUCUCACAAUCUGAUAUAAAAGAUACAUUUGUAGUUCCUGACGCUGAGGAGGGUGAUGAUAUUGAGUAUAAUGAAUUCUGGGCUGUACCAUCAGCACUUGAUACUCCAACAGGUCGGUUACGAUUUGAUUUACUGACACCGGAAGAGUUUGAACAAGCUUUAAAAGAUUGCAACAUUCCUUUGGACAGUCCACAAAGUGAAACUGCACCACCACUCGUUGAAGAGUCAGACUCAGCUCCCAAACUCACUGAUCAUUGUAAGCCUAAGGUCUUGGAGUCUUUAACAGUCGUCGAGGAUGACCUGUUAGUCGGAAGUGAUACAACAUUUUACAAUAUCCCUUCAUUUCUGGUUCCUGCCUGGAGUAUGGAGUUAGAAACAACAGAAAUAGAGGCAAGUCAGUUGGAAUCAACAGAGGAGCAAGUCUGUAAUUCUGUAUUGGAUCAAGCAGCAGUAGGAGAUGAACAGUUACCAGGCGAAGAGUUUAAAGCAGUUCCUAAAUGGAGUACAGAGGACAGUAGUGACAUAACAAACAACAACACAGAGAUAGUCAACCAGCCUGAAUCCAAGAUUAGCCCUAAGGGCAAGGAUAGAACUAGUUGUGCAGAUUCUAUAGCAAUGAAUGAAUCAGAUGGAAAUCCUUGUGGGUCAGAUCUUCAAGAGAAACCUGCCUCAAUAACUGAAGUGCCAGAUGGACAUUCCACCAGCAGUAAUGCCCAUCAUGAAGACUGUAAUGAACCGAGUGAGGACGAUAAGUGUGUGUACACUGAUGAUCUGAGUAACGAAUGGCAGAAUUUGGUCCAACAGGCAGAAACAGACUUUGUUGGGGAAACUUCAUGUCCUAAUCCUUGUACAUUAGAGAAGAGUUUGAGUCCUGAAACCAAUAGUGGAGGAGCUUCAGGUAAUCCUAGUGACUUGACCUCAGCAGUGGAUUACUGCCAUGUGGAAUCUCUACAGCAGCAAAUGACGGCAACGUUUGUGACAGUGGGCGAUUAUGAAAAGGACUUAACUGUGGAGAACAGAGAUUCAUCUGUGUGUAUAGAGUCCAAUCAGCCCAAGGAUCAAUUGAAAGCUGUUAGCCCCUCUGUGACUCUGAAUAUUCUGAGUACAGGAUAUGAAAAUGCAACAAGCCCUGAGAAGGAGAGAAGCUUUGCUUCAGAAGGUAGCAGUGAAAGUGCCAGUACUGUCAUUGCUGACAUGUCUCCUGACCAGGAACAGAACAAACCACUAACAAUCAAAGAACGAUGUCCUUCUGCAGAGCUGGAGACUGUAACACAGUUUGAAAUGGCUGAAAUGACGUCACCCUCAUACGACAAAAAGAAGUUUGGACCAGAACUGCUUAACUCUACAUUUAGUGCGACACAGUCAAAUGAAAUAACACAGAUCGAGUCACAAAAGGGAAAGGAAAAUGGUGACAGCUCAAAGUUGCCUAAGAAACGCAUGUCAUACCUCCAGCAGCCCAAGUCAUUCAGCUCUACCAGAGACAAUGAAUCAUCUGUGAAAAGCAACGUAGCUGCAACAAAACUGAAGCUGACUGCUGUUAAGUCAUUGGACUGUAAAACAGAAACAUCUUCUUUAGGUUCAUCUGUAGAUAACAAGGCCAAGAGAGGCUACAAGCCAGGCUCUUGGAAAUCUAACAAGAAUCCCACUUCUGCUACUAACAAAGGUCACAGCAGCAGCAGUAAUGCCAUUCCAAAACAAAAGGCCGCGGAACUUCCUAAACAGAAGGCUGCAGGACCACUUAAACAGAAGGCUGCAGAACCUCUCAAACAAAAGGCUGCAGAACUUUCUAAACAGAAGGCGGCAGAGGCAGUUACCAACAAGGACAGCAAUUCUUCCAUCAAACGUGUUAGUGUAAAGAGUAAAAUAGACACAGGGAGAAAAUCCAUAGACAUGACAGGCAACAAGUCAAGCUUCACUCUGCCUAACAAGAAGUCCUCUGGUCAAAAUAGUACAUCAUCUUUGGAGGUUGAACCAAAUAGCCUGUCUUCGUCCAACAGGAGCAUGAAGUCUGAUCUGAGUGGUGUUGUUACCAGAACAAGUAGUCGGAGCAGCUCUAUUGGAGGGAAACCAGCCAAUAAAACCACCUCAUCUCUGCGCCACACAGACCGCAAUCAUUCUGAACGGAAGACGAGUACAUCAACAGUGAACUCUGACACUUCGUUGAGGACUGAAUCAAAAACAUCUCUGUCUUCAAGACUCAGCACCUCCACUUCAGAUGCUAAACAUGCAAAGCGCCCUCGCCCUGCCCCUAGGAAAGAUUCAAAUCCACCACCUCGAUUGCAGACGUUCAGUUUCUCUAGGCCAAGUCGACCCGCACCGGUAUCCCUGGCCAAGUCUUCUGCAGCUAAUAAGGGCUUUCCUGGUAAACAGUCUGACGGGAACCAGUCCAAGAAUGACUCUCAGCUAUCCAGCUCAUUAACCAAUGGGAUAACAGCUGUGGAUGCUGCACCGGUGAGACGUACAAGUGCUACAAGACUGCAAAGAACUUCUCUGCUACCCAACAAGAAGGCAGACUCUACACAUCAAGAUGUCACAAGGAGGCCCUCUGUUGGUAAAGAAGCUGAUGCCACUAAGUCUGCUAAGGGUCGUUCCAGCCCAUCUCCAACUAGUGACCAUGGUCUCUUAGUCAAAGCUAAUGCUGAUGUAAAGCGCUUAGAGGCUCUGUGUGAAGGCAGAACUAAGGAACUAAACAUGGUCAAGAUGAAUCUCAAGUCAGGACUGCAGGGAUUUGAAGCUAUGACCAUCUUAGUCCAGUAUCUCACACAGAAGUUGGAUGCCUUUGCAAACCCAUACCUCAAGACGAGAAUUCAAGAAAUUGAAGUACAACUUGAAGAUGCAAAGAGCCUUACAGUUCAAAAAGAGGAUGAGCUUGGUUGCAUCCAGAGCGAGUUGGUGGACACAAGACGGAGCCAUGAGGAACAAAUCAGUGAACUACAGAAUGAUCACCUUGAACAACUCACAUGCCUAGAACAGAGAUUAAAUAACCAACAUGUAGAUGAACUAGAUAGAGUACAAGGCAAACACAAAAGUGAAAUUACCUCCAUGAAGGAAGACCAUAUAGCUCAGAUCUCUGAGGUUACGUCUUCACACCAUCAAGCCGUACAUGAGAUGGAGGAGCAUCAUAUUGAAGAAGUAUCCGAGAUACAACAACAACAUCAAGAACACAUGGAGGAGUUAAACAGACAACAUGAUGAGGAUAAGAAACAACUCAGGGAGGAAAUGCAAUCCAAGAAACAAGAGUUACAAGAUGAGAUCUACAAGUGGACAUUCCAGUGUGAGAAUCAGAAAGAGAGAGUGAUUAGAUUAGAGGAGGCCCUUCAGAAAGACUCGGACUCCAAAGUACAGGCGGCGAUCUUGGAGAAGAGGAAACUUGAAGCAGACGUUGAUAGCAUGAAGUCAGUAGUAGACCUGAGAGCGAAUCAGCUGAGUGAGCUCAGAAGAGAAAGUAUGCUGCUCAAGAAAGAGUUGGAGAAACUACCUAUAAAGGAAGAUGUGAUUCUACGACUCCAAGCCAAAGUAGAAGACCUUCAAGCCAUGGUGGCGGAAAAGCAAAACUAUCAACGGCAACUCUCAUCAGACCACAUCACAUUACGGGAAAACUAUGAGCGAGAAGUCAACGAGAAAAAGCGCCUUUCUAUGGAGAAGGAACAGUUAUCAUGGCGACUAUCUCUCCACUCAGAGAACUCUUCCCCUGUGGGACUUUCCCCUCAUAGUUUUACCGCUUGUACCUCCCCGUCACGGUCCCCGGUUCGAUCCCCAACCAACACCAAGAAGGAUUUGUCAAGAUCUAGCUCCAUGGAGAGUCAUGAAAGUGGAGUCUUCUCACCACACACUGGUUAAUAGAGAUGCUGUCCACUUACUAUUCAUCAAUGCUGCUGCAAUCACAAGGUUGUGGGUUCGAAUCCCCCAAGUUAACCGCUGAUUUCACAUUGACUCUAAUAAGUAUUGUGACUCAUGAAAGUGGAGUCUUCUCACCACACACUGGUUAAUAUAGAUAAUGUCCACUGACUAUUCACCAAUGCUGCUGAAGAGUGUUCAGUCGAAUCCGAAUAGGCAUCUACAGCUGCGGCUACGGCUGUUGCUAAGAAUGUUGCUAAGGACCUCCUAUACCUCAACACAUAUUGAUCGGCAAAUCUCGCUGUAGCCCUAGCUGACACCGCCAAUUUGAACACGGCAUAUACCAUCCACACUGGCUAGGUACCUCUCACAUUGCAGCAAUUUUGUGUCUUUGGUAUCUGCAAUGUUGUUCAAUAUACACACCAAUGUUUUUUGCCCAAAUAUCCAAUCUGGGAAACCUGACUUUGGCAUUGAGUGACAGACACAUUGUGGUUCGGUCAAACAAAACAAUCUCUUGAUGAUUUAUCAUUUUAAUGAGGUUUUUCAAACAAAAUGUAUAUAACCUUGUAAUGUGAAGUACAAAUAUACUCCAAUCUCCCGAAGAAAGUAAAGUUGGACUAUUAUUAUGUGGUUAUUGUUGUAAACCUUUGUGGCCAUUUGACUUCAGGCAACUUACAAGGCACCGCUAGGCACUCACCAAGAAGAGAAAACAAAUUUCAGAGAAAUGUUCACCUUUUUGGGGAAUACAUGUAGUAACAUGCUUCAAGGAAAAGAUCUAGUGUACUACAAAAGUAUAGAAAGGUUUGCGGUAACACCAUGUAAUGACUAUCUCUAAUGAGUUGGGGUGGUUCUGAAACGAACCGUUGGUUUCAACUCGACGUUUCGAUCAGUAUGCUCUGAUCGUCUUCUGGAGAAAGCUACUACAAAAGUGUUGCUUGUGCAUACAUAGAUUUGGAUUGCCCACUAGUUGCCUGUUAAAAUUCCCUUGUAUGACACAGCUUGUAGUAAUUGGCCAGUUUGAUUAAUAGGCAGUGGACCCUAUUGGUAAUUACUCAAAAUAAGUAUUAAGCAUAUAACCUUACUUGGUAACGAGUAAU